AGUUGAGACGACAGUAGCCUUCUUCAAAGGACAGACGGUAGCCAUCCGCAGUGUCAAGGCAAAUAUUAUUUUGACUGAAGAUGAUCUUUAUGACUUAAAAACGAUGCGUGAGAUCGUACAUGAUAACGUCAACCCGUUCCUUGGUGCGUGCUUUGAUGCACCUUCUCCCUGUGUGCUCUUCGCAUAUUGCCCAAAAGGAUCGUUACAGGAUAUUCUAGAAAAUGAUGACAUACACCUCGACAACAUAUUUAAAGAUUCGCUGGCCAUGGACUUGGUUCAGGGCAUGCUGUAUCUUCACUCUUGCAAACUUGGACACCAUGGGCGGCUGAAGAGUUCAAACUGCCUUAUCGAUAACCGUUGGAUGCUCAAAGUAACCGACUAUGGACUAAACAAGUUUCUAGAUGCCAAUGAGCUGAAUGACCAUGCCCACUUUAAAACCUUGCUGUGGACGGCUCCAGAACUUCUGCGGAACCCAAAUAUCCGAAAUAACAGUGCAAGAGAGUGUGACGUGUAUAGUUUCGGGAUCAUUCUGCACGAAAUUUACUUCCGCCUGGGGACAUUUGCCGGAUAUGAGCACAUGACGACUAAAGAAAUCAUCGAGAUACUAAAAAGCUACCAAGGUGAUGAGUUAUAUCGUCCUCGCACAGACGAGGAUUUUGGUCAGGUGAAGUCACACAUAAUCAGGCUCAUGCAGUUGUGUUGGAAAGAAAGUCCAAACGAGCGGCCGUCAUUCGCCAUCAUCAAGGCAUAUAUGAAGAAGAAUAUUCAACAUGGCGCAUCGUUGAACAUAGUGGACGUGAUUCUACAGCGAUUGGAGAAAUACGCCAACAAUCUCGAAGAAUUGGUGGAACAACGAACACAAGAGCUUGUAUACGAGAAACAGAAGUCAGAUAAACUACUGUACAGGAUGUUACCUAAAUCAUGCGCAGAAAAGCUGAAGACUGGUGAAUCUCUAAAACCAGAAGUGUUUGAUUCAGCUACGGUAUUUUUCUCCGAUAUUGUCGGCUUCACUGUGCUAGCUUCAAAGAGCUCCCCCAUACAGGUUGUUGACUUCCUGAACGAUCUCUACUCGAAUUUUGAUGCCAUCAUUGCCCAGCAUGAUGCCUAUAAGGUUGAGACUAUUGGGGACGCCUACCUGGUCGUGAGUGGUAUACCCAACAGAAAUGGAUCCACCCAUGCAGGAAUCAUAGCGGAUAUGUCCCUCGACAUAUUGACAAGAGUCCAGACAUUCAAGGUGAAGCAUCUUCCUAAUGAGAAGCUACAAGUUCGUAUUGGGAAUCAUACUGGAACGUGCUGCGCAGGCGUGGUUGGACUGUCGAUGCCACGGUACUGCUUGUUCGGGGAUACUGUCAACACUGCAAGUCGGAUGGAGUCAAGCGGGGAACCCCAGAAGAUACAUAUCAGCGAGGCGACCAACACUGCAUUGCAGCUUCUUGGGGGAUAUUGCACUACUUUCCGCGCGGAAAUGUUCAUCAAGGGUAAGGGUCAAAUGAACACUUUCUGGCUUACCGGAAGGGACGAAAAAGCGUCAUCACCACGUGACAUCUCGUUUAGUAGUACGUCAGAGAGUUACGUCAGAAUCGAGUAGUAACUUUAAUAGGAAAGUGGACCUUAGCUUUAACAGGAGUUUCGGAAAGGAGUCCUACAACAGUUAUAUACGUGAAACACUGUCAACUUCGCCUGGAACAGCUGUGUUGUUCUAUUUAACAGAAUCAUAAAGACAAACCACAACUCAUAUAUGACUGUUAAUUGAUUAUUACACACGUAGGUUGACAAUGACACCAGAAAGUACAAAACAUACACAUGGUACUUCUAGAAGCAGAACAUGCUAAUCUAUUCAAACAAAGUACUGAAAAUGAUGCCUAAAAUAUGAGUUUGCGUUAUAUAUUGUCAGGGUCAUAUUUUAUAUCGCCAGUGUUAUUGACCAUGCUUUGCUUAAGCUUGAACUGACUUCUAUGUGUUGCCAGGUAUUUUCUUAUGCCAUAAUAAUAUUACGUGUAAAGAAACCUCGAUAUUUGCUUUAUUUAUAACAAGCGCACGAGCGUGUUUUUACCCUAUCACUCCACUGUUAUUCAAUAUAUUAACCCUUUAAAUAGUUCUUGUAUAGGAUAAGAAGUCAUAUUUAUCGCGCGUGUUCAU